AGGCAUCAAUUUUCUCUUGGUUGGGAGCCAGAAAGAAGAAAACAAUAAAGCGGUGAAGCUCCCUAAUUAUACUAUUGAAACAAUAAAUCAUUCUUCUCGCAUCUAGUUUAUACAUAUAAUACUAUUGAUUGUUUAGGUUACUCUGCGCUAUGGCUUCGAAACGGAUCCUGAAGGAGCUCAAGGAUCUGCAGAAAGAUCCUCCUUCCUCCUGCAGCGCUGGACCCGUUGGUGAAGACAUGUUUCAUUGGCAAGCCACCAUAAUGGGUCCCCCAGACAGUCCUUAUGCAGGGGGAGUUUUUCUGGUUACUAUUCAUUUCCCUCCUGAUUAUCCCUUCAAACCUCCGAAGGUGGCUUUUAGGACAAAAGUUUUUCAUCCUAAUAUCAAUAGCAAUGGUAGCAUCUGCCUUGAUAUCCUGAAAGAGCAGUGGAGCCCUGCCUUGACAAUCUCCAAGGUGUUGCUCUCAAUAUGUUCACUUUUAACUGAUCCAAACCCUGAUGAUCCCUUGGUCCCGGAGAUCGCUCAUAUGUACAAGACAGACAGGAGCAAGUAUGAAACAACUGCCAGGAGCUGGACCCAGAAGUAUGCAAUGGGUUAACUUGACUAUUGCCUGCUUGCAUUUGUGCUGAAAUUUGUCCUGUCAACCAUUGCAAUGGACGACUGUAGAAAUAUUAUUACCCUUCAAAUGAAAAUGUUGCAUUAAACUUCUUUUGUUAAUACUAUUUUAUUGGUGGAAAACUGAAAAUGUUUGUUUAUGUGGAGUAAUUAUUAUUGACUCUUUAUGUAUAUACGGAGUAUGAUUUAGACCCCCCCACCCCACCCACUGAAAAUAUUUGUCUAUGGUGUGUAUACACUGCAGUGCGCCAGUGCUUCGAAUUUAGAUUUUUCAAUUGAAAUCUUAUACUACGUAGC